UCAUAUAGUUGUCCAUGAUAAGGAAAGAUGGAAGGGAGGCAGAAACUCGUUGCCGAACCAAUCUGGCAGAAAUUGAAACAGUAUUAUAAAGAUAAUGGAAGCAAAAUAAAUAUAUAUGAGCUAAUGAAAGCGAAUCCUCGCCGCUUUGAUAAUUUCAGUUUGACUCUAAGCACACCACAGGAUGGAGACAUUUUAAUAGACUACUCAAAAAAUCGCAUAAACGAUGAAGUGUUUUCUCUUCUGAUUGAUCUGGCUAAAGCACGAAAAGUGGAAGCUGCAAGAAAUUCUAUGUUUGGUGCAGAGAAAAUCAAUUUCACAGAGAAUCGAGCAGUGUUGCAUGUUGCUCUACGUAACCGAAGUAAUACACCAAUUGUUCUUGAUGGUAAAGAUGUAACACCAGAUGUAAAUGCUGUUUUAGCACACAUGAAGGAUUUCACUGAAGAGGUGCUUUCCAAAAAGUGGAAAGGCUACACUGGAAAAGCCAUAGAAGAUGUUGUGAACAUUGGCAUAGGUGGUUCUGAUCUGGGUCCUCUAAUGGUGACAGAGGCUCUGAAGCCAUAUGCAACCGGACUGAAGGUCCAUUUUGUUUCCAAUAUUGAUGGAACUCACUUAGCUGAAACCUUGAAGCAACUCAACCCUGAAACUGUUUUGUUUAUUAUUGCAUCAAAGACAUUUACAACACAGGAAACAAUCACAAAUGCAACAUCUGCUAAACAGUGGUUUCUGGAAGCUGCUAAGGAUCCUUCGGCUGUAGCCAAACAUUUUGUGGCAUUAUCAACUAAUGGGCCAAAAGUGAAGGAAUUUGGUAUUGAUGAGCGCAACAUGUUUGGCUUCUGGGACUGGGUGGGAGGCCGUUACUCCCUGUGGUCAGCUAUUGGACUCUCUAUUUCUCUCUAUAUUAGUUUUGACAACUUCCAGAAGCUACUUGAAGGUGCACACUAUAUGGAUAAUCACUUCCAGAACGCACCACUGGAGAAGAAUGCUCCUGUUAUAUUAGCUCUCUUGGGAAUUUGGUACAGCAAUUUCUAUGGAGCAGAAACACAUGCCCUUCUGCCAUACGAUCAGUAUCUGCAUCGUUUUGCAGCCUAUUUCCAACAAGGUGACAUGGAAUCAAAUGGAAAAUAUGUGACACGCAAUGGUGAAAGUGUUACUUACAGCACAGGGCCCAUAGUGUGGGGAGAACCAGGGACCAAUGGCCAGCAUGCUUUUUAUCAGUUGAUUCAUCAGGGCACAAGACUUAUUCCAGCAGAUUUUAUAGCACCUGCUCAGACACACAACCCUAUUCAAGGUGGUUUACAUCAUAAGAUACUGUUGGCAAACUUUUUGGCCCAGACUGAAGCUCUGAUGAAAGGGAAGACAAAGGAAGAGGCCAGGUCUGAGCUCGAGAAAUCGGGGCUCUCUGGUGACAACUUGGAGAAAAUUCUUCCACACAAAGUGUUUGAAGGAAACAGACCAACCAAUUCAAUUGUUGUCAGGAAGAUCACUCCUUUCACACUUGGAGCACUCAUUGCACUGUAUGAACAUAAGAUCUUUACUCAAGGUGUAAUAUGGGAUAUCAAUUCUUAUGACCAAUGGGGGGUUGAGCUUGGCAAGCAGCUGGCAAAAGCCAUUGAACCAGAGCUCACUGAUAAGAACCCUGUAACAUCCCAUGAUUCAUCAACAAAUGGCCUCAUAAAUUUCAUCAAGAAAUCAGCUUGUUCUUGAGGUGUAAAUGUGUUGCAGUAAUCAUACAAAUAUCAUUAAUAUACUGUAGUACAUAUGUACACUCACUGAACAGUUUUUACUAGCUACUUGGAACAGUUUCUGAUAGUAGUCAUAAAUUGGUGAGAUGUAAAAUUACUUUUGUUUUCUAUAAAUCAAUUGCACUAAUUUGAAAUUUCUUCAAGCAAGAAGAAGCAGAAGGUACUGUGCUCAGAAGGGACCUGAAGAUAUGAUAAUCUGUUUUCAAUAAAAGUACCUGUUGGUUUGUGCAGAUGGGAAAACAGCAUAGAAACAGGCUUAACUUUCUCUAAGAACUAAAAGUUCAUUCAGUACAUUCUGAAGAUAUGGGCACAAGUUUACAUUGUGAUGAGUCAAGAAAUGGAUACAGCUUCUUUUUGCAUGCAAAUGACAUUGAAUUUCCAUUUGUCCAGUGUAGACUGGCCAUACCCACUGCCUGAAGUACAUAAACAAGGCAUUUCAGGAAUUGGAUUCAUUACAUUUUUAGAUGUCUAUCUCAUUAAAUUUAACUACUAUAAAAAGGGCAUUGUAAAAUAUUCAUUUUGGACAUUUUGUUGUUAAAGUUAACAAGGUUGAGUUUUCACUGCGAAUCAUAAAAAAUCCCAUAUCACAAAGCCCAUUUUUUCACUAUAUUGUUCCAAAUGCUGACUUUUAUGAAGAAAUAAAUUUGCAUCAUUAAAGUAACAAAAUCUCUAAACAGGACUUUUUAGGGAUCCUGGUGCUGCAGAUUUAAUUUCUUCAGGUCCCCACUUGUUAUAUGUCUAUUAUGAAAUAAAACCCAUUUGUAGAUCAUAGCAACAUUACAAUGCCCUUUCACUGUGAACACAAAUAGUGUGCUGGAAGCACAUGCUUAUCUACAACUUAUUACCGUCACAAGAAAAGAGAAUCAGAUCAGCCAUUUGACAAUUUACAUGUAUUCAGAUAUAUGAGCUACAUGUCAUUAAUGUAACUUACUAGUACCAUUAUUAAGGUUAGGUCUCCAUGUUCAGAGUCAGUGUGUAAGCAAGUCUGUGUCAGUACUCCCAAACUAAAGUAAUCUACAGUUAAUUCUGGAACCAUCAUAAGAAGUGUAUAUUGAAUAGAGUGUCACACAAUACUAUAUGCCAUGUUGGUUUUCUAUUAGACUGACAGCAAUAAUUUAAAAAAUCGUUAUAGUUAUUUUAAUGAUUUAAUUACUGUACUUAUAAUAAAUAUAUUAUUACUCA